UUUGAAGAUAACUUUGAUAAUGAAACUGAGUGUGGGGAUAUUUUUUGGAGGCUUCUUUGCAGCUCUGGGGGUUUUGCUUUUUCUGGUGGCAUUUGGAACUGAUUAUUGGCUUCUUGCUACGGAAAUAGGAAGGUGUUCAAAAGCACCUGAAGAUGCUGGGGGAGAGAAGGCCACUUUCCAUCAUGAAGGUUUCUUCUGGAGGUGCUGGUUUAGUGGAAAUGUAGGAGAGAAUAAUGCCAGCAUGUGGAAUUUCUGGUACACUAACCAGUCACCUUCUAAGAAUUGUACACAUGCUUACCUGUCACCAUUUCCUCUUCUCCGAGAUGAACACAACUCAACCUCCUAUGACUCUGCAAUCAUUUAUCGAGGUUUCUGGACAGUUCUUAUGCUCCUGGGAGUGCUCACUAUUGUGAUGGCUAGUUUCUUCAUCAUCUGUGCAGCUCCUUUUGCCAGCCACAUUCUGUACAAAGCAGGAGGAGGCUUUUUCAUCAUUGCUGGUGUCUUGUUUUCGCUGGUAGUCGUGAUGUAUGUCAUCUGGGUCCAGGCGAUGGCUGAUCUAGAAAACUACACAAACAUGAAAAAAAUGGAUUGCCCAGACUUUGCUGUUUAUGUACGUUAUGGCUGGUCUUUUAUGCUGGCUCCUAUAGGAGUAUUUUUUGCUUUAUUAGCAGGAAUGCUGUUCUUGUUGGUCGGGCGUGCCAUUUAUUUACACUCAGACUAGUCGUACACUGCUGAAGGGAAUACAGGAAUCCUAGUGAAAGUUCACGACAAUUGUAAGCUGGAACACAAUUUUAUACAUUAUUACCAUUAUGACAAUCCUAAGUGUGCAGGCAGACUUCUGGAAGUUCUUCUGUUACUUGUUUAAGGGUAAAGGACACAAAACUCAAUACAGGAAGAAACUACCUUUAGUCCCAACCAGUUGUUUUUCAUUCUUCAGAAAGUACACAUGUGGUUCUCCAUAUUGUACUAUCAGCAGCAUUUGUGCAGUUUUGCAAACAGAGGAAGGCAAAAAUUUUCUGCAACCAAAAGCCCAACAUGAAGUGGGCCAAAUCAACAUUUUAUACAUUUGUCUUUUAACAUUUACUUUGUGCUUCUGCUUGUGGAGAAUGGUACAAAGUAGAGGAGAAAACAAACAUUCAAACACAGUAAUUCAAUCUACCUCCUCUCCUGUUUUCCACUACUUGCCUUAACUUUAAUACAAGCAAACAUGUCUGCACUUUAUAAAAAUAGAAUGCAGUUGUUCAUGCAGCAUCCAUGGGAAGAGGACGAGAGAGAAGACAAUUGCUAUGAACAGCGACCUGGUGCUAGUCCGUACAAUUAAAAGCUUAACUGCUUCUGUUACAUGUUUCUCUUUUCUGUAUGCAUUUGAAAGCUGUAUACUGCUGUAUUCUGAAAUCCAUGUUUGUUGCAUGAUUCUAUAAGCCAAAAUGCCGUAGUUAAAUCACUAGCUGAAGUUAUGCCAAAAUUGUACUUUGAUUUAUAGCAUUAAUAUUUUAAUCAAGUUUUAACCCUUUUAUUUUUGAAUGGAAUAAUUGGCUCCUCCAACAAACAUUUUCCUGGUUGUGUAAAAUGAUUUUUUUUAUUAAAAAAGGUUUAUUAUGAAGACAAUAUCUAGGACAUGAAAAUGUAUGUUUUAUGUAGCCUUCAUUUUCCCAAAUAUUAAAAGUCUGCAUU